AUGGUUCAUCGAAGCUUCGCAGCGCAGUCGUUAAGCGUCGCUCUCUUCGUCGCAUUAUCUGUCGUUCAGCCCAUCCCGGCGGCCGUCGCGGUGAGCCCGCUGGGCCUCGCCGCCAUUCAGCGGCACUCGCGGCUGGUCGCGCGCUCGCGGUCGCAUCGCGGAUGCAACUACCUCAAGGGAAGGAUGCAGCCACGUGUACUGCUGGAGAGGUACCGCAACAGUGUGAUAGCAUUCGUGGGCGACUCUUUGAACGACAAUCUCGUGGCCUCCUUUCGCUGCACUCUCGCUGCUGUCACGCCCUUCCAGGUGCGCCCUGCCCUUCCAGGUGCGCCCUGCCCUUCCAGGUGCGCCCUGCCCUUCCAGGUGCGCCCUGCCCUUCCAGGUGCGCCCUGCCCUUCCAGGUGCGCCCUGCCCUUCCAGGUGCGAUCCCUGCUGCCCACUGUCCAUGCGUGGGGCAGCGCCUUGAGCGCAGGUGCCGCUGCACCGGUGACGCACCUGUCUGCUGGUUGCUCCACCAUCCCAUUUCCUGCCCACUCCGCACCGUCCCACCCCUCACUCCCCCCUCUCUUCUUCCCUCUCCUCCCCUUCCCCCCUCUUCUAUCCCCCUCAUCUCCCGUCCCCGGUCCCGUGCGCUGGCAGCACGUGCGGGUGAGGGUGGGGGGGAGGCGGUACCGCAACGCAGUGGAGCUGCCGGCAUAUAACCUCACCGUCGUCACCAUCGCCAGUGGCAAGCUCACCCGCCUCGUCAACUCGAGUUCAGCGAGGGUGAGGGUGGACGGGCAGUGGGCGGCCAUACUGCCACUGACAGCAGCCAUGGUCUUCACAGCCGGCCACCGCUUCUUCCACCAGAACUACAUGUCGCCAGUACUGAAGCUGCGCAAGUCCCUCAAGGCAGUGCGUGACUAUAUCGAGCGCACCAACUACCCUGGCGUCCCCCUCUUUGUCUCCUACUCUCCGGCACACGACCGCACCCAGUGCAAAACGGCAGGCACUCCUCUAAACAACAUCACCGCCGCAAUCCAAGGGGGCGAUACCCGUGCCAUGGCGGUUCUAAAGGAGCAGCGGAAGCUGCUUGCAAGGUCACGGAUGCGGCUGGUGGAGAUAACGUACAUGAGCAUGCUGCGACCGGACGGGCAUUUGAAUCGAGCGGUGAGCGGCAGGGAGAAGGACUGCAGCCACUGGUGCCUGCCCGGCGUGCCUGAUGCCUGGUCUGAUGUCAUCUACUCCAUGCUCGUGCCAUAG